CUCUUUCCGUGUGGACCACCCUCUGUUCUCCUACAGGACACAGCUUUCCUGCAACACCGCUUUGAGGGGGCGACUGAGGGGCACCGAGAGUCUGCAGUGGAGAAUGGACAGCAUAAGGAUUCUGAGAAGACAUAACUAAGACACCAACCCGGCUCCUGUCUGCACCUCUGACACAGAUCUUGUUGGCAAUCAAUAAGCAGGAACAAUGGAAACUGGAAUUUGGAACCUGUUUAUCUUGUUUAGUGUAUCUGUCUUGAGCAACAGCGACGCCCUAACCAAGAACCCCAUUGUUUCCCGGAUACGACGGGCUCCUGCUGAUGCCACCGGGGACCUUAAGAAGUGCUCUUACACCUUUUUGGUCCCUGAGCAGAAGAUCACUGGUCCCAUCUGUGCUGCCCAGGGUUAUUCAAACGAUAAAGACCGAGUAACACGCCUCGAUGUGGCUGCGGUCCGUGACCUUUUAUCAAAGCAGCGUCGAGAGAUGGAGACACUGAAGCUGGUGGUGGACGUUGAUGGCAACCUGGUCAAUGAGAUGAAACUGUUAAGAAAAGAGAGCAGGAACAUGAACUCCAGAGUGACCCAACUGUACAUGCAGCUGCUGCAUGAAAUCAUCAGGAAGAGGGACAACUCACUGGAGCUAGCACAGCUGGAGACCCGCAUCCUUAAUGCAACCACUGAGUCACUGCGUUUGGCCUCUCGGUACAGAGAACUGGAAGCCAAGUAUGCAGCUCUGUCUGCAUUAGUGAACAACCAGUCAUUGCUGAUUGGAGCACUGGAAGAGCGUUGCAUGCAGGUGUACAGUCGCAGGCAUGAACAGCCACCCUUGGGACCGCCGCUGGUGCAGGUGGUGCCUGAGAACAUUCCAGUCAAUGUGCCACGUUUCACCAAUGAGAUCCAGAGGGACAAUACCCGAGCAUUUGCACGGGAAAGGGGCUCGCGAUCUGGGCCGUCUCCAACAAGCAGCGGCCUAGAAGUACAGAAACCUCCUCAGAGAAACUUCAGUGCUGAAGGCCCAUUCAGGGAUUGUCUCCAGGCACAGGAAGCAGGCCACAGCAUCAGUGGCAUGUACCUGAUCUGCCCAGAUGAAGCAGAGAGGCCAGUGCAGGUCUGGUGUGAACAGGAUAUAGACAAUGGAGGCUGGACUGUCAUCCAGACCAGGAGGGAUGGAUCAGUUAACUUCUUCAGGAACUGGGAGAACUACAAGAGUGGUUUUGGCAACAUAGAUGGGGAAUACUGGCUCGGCCUGCAAAGCAUCUACAAACUGGGGAGGCAGGGCGACUACAAGCUGCUGGUGGAGCUGGAGGACUGGAUGGGUAAGAAGGUGUACGCCCAAUACAGCAGCUUCCACCUGGAGCCAGAAAGCGAGGGUUACCGUCUGAGACUGGGAACCUACCAGGGAAAUGCUGGGGAUUCUCUCAGCAGCCACAAUGGCAAGCAGUUCACGACUCUGGAUCGGGACAAGGACGCCUUCUCAGGUAACUGUGCCCACUUUCAUAAAGGAGGCUGGUGGUACAACGCCUGUGGUCAAACCAAUCUUAAUGGUGUCUGGUACACCGGAGGAGUCUACCGCAGCAAGUUCCAAGAUGGGAUCUUCUGGGCCGACUAUGGAGGAGGAUUCUACUCUAUGAAGACUGUCCGUAUGAUGAUCCGGCCCAUAGACUGACGAGAUGCUGUGAACAAAGCUGGUACAGCUCUCGGCGAGAGCGAGAACAUGAACUUCCUUCCAGUUGUGACUUUGUAUACCAGCAGGAACUGACUGAAUAGAGGAUUAUACAAGAUCACAGAUUACUGGACUACAUCAGUGGAGACUCAAACCAUCAGCUAUGAUGUUAACUGAUAGCAACUCUGAAAAUAGUCCUCUUUAUAUAAAAAUCUAUGCAUAUUGUUAAGGAAUGAAGGGAAAUUACUAUUUAUAAGACAUACAGGUCAGUUUAAAGGACUGGUUCACUUUUCUUACAUUAAGACUUUGUUUGCAAGCAGGCCUCUGAUAGCUGUUCUCAGGGUUUUUUUCUUUUUCUUUUUCCUCUACAAGUUAAUGAGAAGGAAAUAUGUCAGUAUCAAUAGGGAACAUACAGUAGAGCGCUAAAUGAACUCAAACCACAUUUUUCCAAAACAUAAUAUUGCAUAUACUGCUGGUGAUAUUGCUCAAUUUCUGCAGCGACUAUUUAUUUGUGUGACACCCACAGUAAAAAAAAAAACAAAAAAAACAUCUGACUGAAGCUGACUUCUAAAAC